AUGUCAGCAGAACAACAGCAGGAGCAAUCAGAGCAACAGCAGCAACAUGAACAGCAAGGACAACAAUUACCAACAGAAGCACAAUCUAAUGAGAAUAAUGCCGUGGACUUGACUCAAUCUAAUCCAACAACUGAAUUAAAUUUAGAAGACCCGCAAAUCCAACAAGCUAUUGCACAAGCAGCAGCGUUAAUGGGUGAUUAUUCUCACCUGCUUGCAAACAUUGACGUCGGUAAAAUUGCUGCUACGGCCCUUAUGAAAAAUAACAGCCAAGUGCUUCCUGAUCCAGAAACAUACAAAAAAUUAUUAAUGACACAAAAAGUACGUCAAGAUAACAGAGAAAGAAAGAAAAGAUGGAGAGAGCGUAACCAAGAGAGGAACAAGGAUAACGAUCUUCGUUGCAGAGUCAAUAAGAGGGCACAAAAAUUAUUUGGUAAAGAAGACAGUGAGCAUAAGCGAAGAUGGAUAGAAGAAGAAUUCAUGAGAAGAAGGGCAAAGAGACUAGAUAAAGAGCAACGUAAAUCAGCACCCAGAAUUCAAUCGAUUGAGAGUACACCUCCCUCGACUCCAUCGACUCCAACCACAGCGCCUUCUACUCCACUGAAAUCAGAAGAAAUGGCCGCCUUUACAAAUCUCUUGACCGAUCAAAAUUAUUUAUCCAUACUAGCCAAUAGUUUGAACUCGUUCACUCAACAAAAGAAUCCACUCACAAGCCAACUACUAGGCAUUCUUCAGCAACAACAACAGCAGCAGGAAGCAAUGUUAUCUCAAGAAGAAACAACAUCAGAUUCACUGAAAGAUAAAGAAAAUGAAAAAUCAGAAAUCAAGGCAAAUGAGUAUCCAAUGGAGGUCGUGUUGACAUUAAUGCAAAUGAAUGCUGGAUGGCGGCAGUAA